CGUAUAAUAAAAGGGUGGGGCUGGUUCUCUCUGCAUAACAAGUAGAGGGUGGGGCUGGUUCUCUCUGCAUAAUAAAAGGGUGGGGCUGGUUCUCUCUGCAUAACAAGUAGAGAGUGGGGCUGGCUACUGCAGCCAAUUGAUUUGCACCGUGGUCAAGUGAUAAAUUAUUAUAUCUAGCCAUGAAUCCUUGGUUUAAGAAGAGGAAAGUUUCAGGUAAGGGAGAGUGCAUGGCACUGCAUAUUGAAUGACACUGCAUACUUACAUGUAUAAUAAUUGCUAUAAUCAUUAAUAAAUUGAUGGUUAAGUUCUACAAGUCUCCUCUCUUCACCAGCCAUCACCGUCUGUCUUUCCAUUGGGGGUCACCACGUACUAUCUCUCCUCCAGUCACAAAACCAUCUCUCCUGUGUUACAAAUUUUUCUAAGGUAGAAAGUGAUUAAUUAGUAGGCGUGGCACGUCAAAAGGGGGCGUGGUCUUCAAAAAUUCUGCGCUGCGCGCCGGGUGAAUUUCUUGUCCGCGAGAAAGAACCCCCCUUUCUUAAAUCCUGGAUCCGCCCCUGGGGGUAUGGGGUAUGGGAUAAAAGGAGUCGUGUGUACAAGGUAUGGGGUAUGGGGUAUGGGAUAAAGGGAGUCAUGUGUACAAGGUAUGGGGUAUGGGAUAUGGGAUAAAGGGAGACAUGUGUACAAAGUAUAGGGUAUGGGGUAUGGGAUAAAGGGAGUCGUGUGUACACAAGGUAUGGGGUAUGGGAUAUGGGAUAAGGGGAGACGUGUGUACAAGGUAUGGGGUAUGGAAUAUGGGAUACGUGUGUACAAGGUAUGGGGUAUGGGGUAUGGGAUAAAGUGCCUAUAGCCUGCCAGCAUGUCUUGCUACCAGGGUGCCUAUAGCCUGCCAGCCUGUCUUGCUACCAGGGGGCCUAUAGCCUGCCAGCCUGUCUUGCUGGCAUAGUUGAAUGGUGCUAGUAGCUUCCAGUGGUUGUGUUUUGUCUGGCUUCCCAUUGUACGCCCAUUCUUACAGACACUAGUCUUGUGUGCAUGUACUAUAGUUAGCUACCAGACAAAGCUCACCGCCCACAUACCCACAUACGUCAUCCUCAUAUCCUCAUAUUUGUUUGCUUACAUGUGAACUCUAAACCUCCUACCAGAGAAGUUGGAGAAAAGGACUAGGGACUGUUUGUGUAUACAUGUACCGAUCGAUGUCACAGCCGGUUAACCAGCCACGGCCAUCUCCUAAGUUGCCAUGUGCGUUGCUGUGGCAAUCAAUUAAAGAUGGCGGAAUUGGGUAGGUAAGAAAAGUGGAGCCUGAAAGGUCAUCUGCCUCUUGGAAGCGGACGCAAUUCUGAGAAAAACGCCCAUGGUCGGGGUUCUAGUCGACUAGAGGCUGCAUCUAGAAUCUUCUGAACAUGUCUGUACAAGGAGGAAAUGCUUUCCAAGAAUGUUACUUACUUACUUACUUACUAACUUACUUAGUCAGUCAGACAAAACGCGGUGAAAUAUGAAAAUAGUGCAAUUUAUGAAAUAUCAAUAGUAAUGCAUGAGAAUAUUCAUUGACUAUAAUUUCACACAUUUAGACAGAUAAAAGGCUAACUAAGCUAUUUGUCAACUCAGUUUCUUGCUGUGGCCCUUCCCUGCAGAAAUAGAGCAGUCUAAACACAAGUCAAAAUUUGUGCAAUAAUUGAAAACACACACAACUGCACUGUCAAUCCUAUGUACAACCUACUGGUUGUACUAAUAGCAGCUAAGUGGACUGUUUGGCUGGGUAUCAAGACUAUUGGUUUGUUGGCACUAUUGAUAUUCAACGCCCAACACACACACACACACACACACACACACACACACACACACACACACACACACACACACACUACCAUCUCUAUUUAUUUUGACUAAUGCCUAAUGCUAAUUCUAAGAACCAAAAUUAGAGGUUAAUAAUUGUUUUGUGCUUGCCACCUAUAGUAAAGCCACUACUGCUCACACACACACACACACACACACACACACACACACACACACACACACACACACACACACACUACCAUCUCUAUUUAUUUUGACUAUAAUGCCUAAUGCUAAUUCUAAGACCCAAAAUUAGAGGUUAAUAAUUGUUUUGUGCUUGCCACCUAUAGUAAAGCCACUACUGCUCACACUCACACACACACGCACACGCGCGCGCACACACACACACACACACACACACUACCAUCUCUAUUUAGAGGUUAAUAAUUGUUUUGUGCUUGCCACCUAGAGGAACCACAUAGACCCAUCCCCAUAAUUAUCAGAUACUACCACCACAAAACUACCUGGCCCAGACAAUACAGCCUCAAGGUCAGAUUUAGUUUACACAAGUACAUAGCCAUGCAAGCUAAGUUGAAGUAUUACAGCAGCCAAUAUCAAGUCUAAGAUAAGUUCUAUACUUUAUGUCAGCAUUACCUCCAAUGUGAAUAUAGCUUACAAUCAGCAUGGCCCCAAAUGAAUAGCUUACAAUCAUUAUUUAGUUCUGAAUGCAAUUGCAACAGAUGAAUGGGGAGGGUUGGUGCACCGUUAAAGACUCUUUAACCCAUCAUUCUCGGCUCUCAAGGCCGAGCAUCUGUUUGCUUUUUCUAUAUCUGUAUGGUUUUGUGCUGUCUAGUUUCUUUGUUUGUUUCUGGUAAAUCCGUGUCGUAAAAUACACUUAAUUAGCAUCAGAUGUUAAAAUUAAAUUAAGCGAGCAUCCCGUUUGAGCUAGUAAUAUGAGCAGUGGACACAAUUCCACCCAAAAGUUAUUUAUUAUUUUCUUAUAAUUUUAAUUUGAAACCUCAAAACACACGUACAGAAGAAGCCACUGAAUGCCUGACAACGCUAUUCUAUUGGGUGUUGUAAUUGCGGUGGUUGUCGUAGGUACUAUUGUAAUUGCAUCUCUAGUAGUGGCCGCCCUCUGUUAUAUCUUAUACUGGAGGCAGAAAAGAAAGACACAACAUCCUGUUUCCACCAUUGAAGCCACACCCACUCCCGAGGUCCGCUGCACGGCACACACUAACAACAACUGUCGUGCCAUUCUUCCACAGAGUGAGAGUAUAGGAUCACUCAUAAAGGCGGCCAUGUUUUAUGGUGAUCCCUUGUCACCACUUGUCCAACGCUCUAUAGCACAACAGACAAUGCUAGAGAAGUCCCUGACAAAGGGAGGGUUUAGUAGUCGAUAUAUUGGGCGAUGGCGGGAGGACAGAGUGGCUGUGACCGUGUUCCCUGUCAAGCAUCAACACUUUUGGACUAAUGAGUCUACCAUACUGCAGCUUCCACUGAUGAGACAUGACAGUAUAUUGAGCUUCAUUGCUGCAGACACUGUAUUCAAGAAAUCAGUUAACUACCUCUACCUCAUUAGUGAGUAUCACCCCAGGGGCACCCUCAGGGAGCACCUCGUUAAGAGCACACUGGAGAUAUCAGAGGCUCUGCUGUUGAUCAGCUCUCUUGUGUCUGGAGUGGAGUACUUGCACAGUGUGCUAGCUCAGGAGAGCAGAGGUGGGGUGCAGAUGAAGCCAUCCAUUGCACAAACCAGUCAAAAUGUCUACGUGGACAAGUCAGGUUCAUGUUGUCUGAGUGACUUUGCCUUGUCAGUGACUCAGAACGGGUGUGUCAGUGUGUGUGGUCACACUGCCCACUCAGACAUGAGAUACCGCCCACCAGAAGCAUUAGCCGCUACCACUACUGACGCUGGGUUCGAGGGUUUAAAGAGUGGAGACGUGUACUCCCUCGGACUCAUACUCUGGGAGGUGGCCAAUUGCUGCCUAGUGCAAGGUGAGGACAGUGUGUACUCUCUACCGUACUCUGACCUCUUGGACUCUGAAGCCACACCUACUAGAGACAAUAUGAUGAGAAUAGUUUGUGAGGAGGGAAAGAGACCGCCUCUACCAGAUCAGAGCAAUGCUCUAGAGAUGAGAACACACGACUGGUUCUGGCCACCAUUGACGAGUGCUGGAGCUCCUCUCCCUCGCAAAGACCAACCACACAACAACUCAAGGAGACACUGCAAACAUCGCUAUUGCCAGCCAUUAAAUGGCAAGUAUCAGUUGACAAGAAUGGACAAACAGUGUAUAAGCAAAUGACUUCCUAGGAAUUAUGACAAACUCUUGUACAUAAUAACAAAAAGAGGUGCUGCAAAUAUCAUCAUCGUUUUUUACUGCUUUUUUGUGUCAGAAUCAUUCAAUUAUUUUUGUCCCCGCAUCAAUAUUACAUUUCACUAAACUAUAAUUAUAUA